ACCAUCUGAUUUCCCAUCAAAACAACAGAGAAGGUCACAAGGAUGUGUACUGUUCUUCACAGACAACAAGAAAAGUAAACAGAAAAUCUCGUUCGAUAAUUCAGAAAAAUCAAGUCGUCGUGUCCAUCAAUAGUAAAAUAAAAUGAGCCUCUGGCUUAUUGUGUGAUGUCUUCAACAAUACUGGUGUCACUCUGCGUCAUUCGCAUUGAAAUCGUAGACCCGGAGGCAGAAGAGACAGCAAGUACAAUGGCAGCUAGGAAAAUGCGAGGAAGACGAGAGCCUCGUGACAUCACAGUGGAGAGUUACGCAAGUGUCACUGAGGGCCCAGUUCCUUUGUUGUCCUCUCAGGGAUCGAGUAAACCCCACUCAAGGCCAAACUCGGAGGAGUCCUCGUCCUCGUCGAAUCAGAUUAAUGCAGCAACUGUUGAAGGAGCUCCAGCGAACACAUCGUCAACGGAUCAGAUCAAUUUUAUAUCUGGGAAUCCCUUCGUAGAGGUCACCAAAGGGAUUUUGCAUCUUUAUAAGGAAGAAAAGUUAACUGAGAAACAUUCAGCAGCCGAUCGUAGUCACACAAUAUGCAUCCUGUCAGUCCCAGCGACAAUGACCUGUCACGACUUGCUGACAUUCACAGCAGCUUGUCACCAGGACAUUCAGCAUUUCCGGAUUCUCCGAGAUAACAGUCCCAACCAGUACAUGGCCCUCAUCACAAUGCGUUCGUCUGCUGCAGCGAACGAGUUCUACGAGACGUUCAAUGGUGCCCCUUACAAUUCUCUCGAACCCGACGUUGUUUGUCACAUGGUUUUUGUCUCGAGAGUUGAGGUUGCUGACAAUGGAAUGGCACUCGCUGGUCACAUAGAACUGCCUUCUUGUCCGGUCUGUUUGGAGAGAAUGGACGAGAGUGUGGAUGGAAUACUCACGAUAUUGUGCAAUCACACGUUUCACUCGAGCUGUUUAGUCAAAUGGGGUGACAUAUCGUGCCCAGUAUGUCGUUAUGCACAGACUCCUGAGCCUGUGGCAGACAGCCACUGCAUGGAAUGUGCUGCAGGCACAAGCAACGAGGCCCUGUGGAUUUGCCUGAUCUGCGGUCAUAUUGGUUGCUCCCGCUACCACCAAGGUCAUGCAUUUGAGCAUUAUCGUGACACACAUCACUGCUACGCAAUGCAACUAGGAAACAAUCGUGUCUGGGAUUAUGUCGGUGACAAUUUCGUCCAUCGUCUGCUUCAGGAUAAGGAUGGCAAGAUGGUCGAGGGUGGACAAGAGCCCACGAAGGGCGAGGGUGCAGCUGUUGAUGAAAAAGUUGAUGCUGUGCAACUGGAAUUUACGUACUUACUUACUUCUCAGUUGGAGACACAGAGACAGUACUUCGAGGAUCGGUUAAAUCGCAUUGAACAACGAUCCUCCUCGGAAAUUGGGGAAUUGAGGGAAAAAUUGAAUUCAAUAUCAGACGAAAAUUCACAUAUCAAGGAGAAAAUAAUAGCUCUGACAAAAGAGAAAUUAUCGUUGGAAAAGCGAUUGCAGACGUCGACGACAAAAUUGAAUCAGUCACAAUCUGAAUUAUCUGAGGAGAGGGAGCUUCGGCAGGCCCUCCAGUUGAAUCAGACCUCGUGGCAAACGAAGCACAAGCAACUGCAGGACGAACUGAAAGAGAGCAAAAAUACCAGAGACAAGGAAAUCCAGGACCUUAAAGAGCAAAUACGAGACCUGAUGUUCUUCUUGGAGGCGCAGAAGCAGAUCGAAAAUUUAACGGAUAAAGACGACAUAGCUGGAGGUACAAUAAUCGUCCCCGAGAGCUCCACAGCGACUCCCAAAUCUCGUACGCGAAGAAAUCGAAAACACUGAUUUGAAUUAAAAUUGUCAUAAUCAAGCGAAAAUAUGGAAGACAGAUUUUACCUCAAUCAAUGAAUAACAGAAUUUUUAUUUAAACUCAAUCAAA